CCCUGGUCUCACAUGGGCAUCGGUUGGCUGGCUCAUGCCGCCAUGAGCUUCACCCUGCUGACAGUUAUCACAGUUAUCAGUUAGUAGCGGCGGAGAUCGAGAGCCCGGUCUACAGACAUAGAUAUAAGAGAACCUUCCGGCAACAUAAAUAAUGUCUGCUAGUGCUUUCAGCUGCAAUGGAGCGUCUCUAUAUGUUGGGGACCUCCUGCCCGAGGUCACAGAGGCUAUGCUGUAUGAAAAGUUCAGUCCUAUCGGUAGCAUUCUGUCAAUCAGGGUAUGCAGGGACAAGAUGACCCGCCAGUCUCUCGGCUAUGCUUAUGUCAACUUCCAGCAGAUGGCGGAUGCGGAACGUGCCCUGGAUACAAUGAACUUCGCAGACAUGAACGGCAGACAAAUGCGCAUUAUGUGGUGUCAGCGCAACCCGUCCCUAAGAAAGAGUGGGGUUGGCAACGUUUUUGUUAAAAACCUGGACAAAGCUAUUGAUAGUAAAUUACUGUACGAUACAUUUUCAGCCUUUGGCAAUAUCCUUUCGUGUAAGGUCUUACAGGUGGCAUGUGACGAAAAUGGAUCCAAGGGCUACGGGUUUGUACAUUUCGAGACCCAGGAAUCGGCCCAGAAGGCCAUAGAUUCAUUGAACGGAAUGAUCUUCAAUGACCAGAAAGUGUUCAUCGGACAUUUCAAGUCCCGUAAAGAGCGGGAGCCCAUACUCGCUGCCCGAGCUAUGUUCACCAAUGUUUACAUCAACAACUUUGGGGAAAAUAUGGAUGACGAACGGCUCAAGGAAUUGUUCUGCAAAUACGGGCCCACAGUGAGCGUGAAAGUUAUGACUGAUCAAAAUGGGACGUCCAAGGGAUUUGGCUUUGUCUGCUUCGAGAAGCAUGAGGAUGCACUCAGAGCGGUGGAGGAAAUGAACGGUACGGAUGUGAACGGUAAGGCCAUUUAUGUGGGAAGAGCCCAGAAGAAGUCCGAGAGACAAGCCGAACUCAGGAGGAGGUACGAACAAAUAAAGCAGGAACGAUUCGCCAGAACUCAGGGAGUCAAUCUCUACAUCAAAAAUCUUGCAAACUGCAUUGACGACCGACGGCUGUACCAGGCGUUUUCACCCUUUGGUACCAUCACCAGUGCUAGGGUCAUGAUGGAAGGUGGACGCAGCAAAGGGUUUGGCUUCGUCUGCUUCUCGUCUCCCAGGGAAGCAACCAAAGCGGUCACAGAGAUGAAUGGUAGGAUUAUAGCCUCCAAGCCAUUGUAUGUUGCCUUGGCGCAGAGAAAGCAGGACCGUCAUGCUAAUCUGGCCAAUCAGUUUAUGCUGAAGGAAAACAUCCGAAUGGUACCGACCCCGGUCCACAAUACUUACCGGCAGUCACCAACACCCAGCUAUUUACUGGCACCUGCUCCACCGACCCAGACCCACACUGCAUACUUUCCAGUUGAACAGAUACCUCAGACUAUGCCUAGUCCGGGUUGGCUGACACAAGCUUUGCAGAAUAUUCCAAGAACUGUCAGAAUGGCUGCUCCCCGACCAUCCACCUACAGCUCAGUGAGGGCGGCAACUUCACAAUCCCGGGUCGUAUCCAUUCAGUGUUUACCAAAUAUUUCACCACAAACGAUUCAAUCCCAGCCUACCCAUGUCAGUGCUGCAGCCUCCAAUUCUUCCUAUGUGUGCUCUCUUCCUCAAUAUCAAUACCUUAAUAAUCAGCAACAGUUCAUCAUUCAGCCACAGAUAGCUGUACAGCAGCAGCCCACUGUCUUUCAAGAAGAACAACCAAUCGCCCCCAUUCAGGCCCCUCCAUGCAAUGAGAAGCAAAUUCUGGGUGAGCGCCUCUUCCUUCUUAUACAAGCCCUGGUCCCUUCAGUAGCUGCGAAAAUCACAGGGAUGCUGCUGGAGCUGGAUAAUUCUAUACUCCACCAAAUGAUCGAGUCACCAGAAUUUCUUCGCUACAAGGUUGAUGAAGCGGUGACUGUGCUCCAAGGCCAUCAGCAACAAACAAUGGGACCUCAGCCCACCACCAUUGCUGCCGCCGCCACUUCUUCCGUCUUCUGCUCCACUCCUCAAUAUCAGUACCAAGAUGCCGUUCCAAAUUCUCAGCAAAACAUUAAUAUACAGCCGCAGGUUGCUGUGCUGCAGCCCGCUGUCAUUCAGGAGGAACCGCAGACUACGUCUACACCAGCUCCUCCUCCUCAUCCUCCAGUUGACAAGAAGCAAAUGCUGGGCGAGCGCCUCUUUUCUGUAAUUCAGUCCAUGCUCCCUUCCGUAGCUGCAAAGAUCACAGGCAUGCUGCUGGAGCUUGACAGUUCCGAAGUUCAGCGUAUUCUCGAGUCGCCGGAACUUCUCCGAUUCAAGGUGGAUGAAGCAGUCGCUGCACUCCAGGACCAUGAGGCUAAGAAUCUGGUGCACCAAGUUGUCAACAAUGCUGCUGUAGUGGUGGCCGUGUAACAUGGGUCUGAGACAGUGUUUCCCAACCAGAGUGCCUCCAGC